AUGCACAACGUCGAAAGACCUCGACCCCUUAAAAGCAAGGGUGGCUUGGACAGAAACAAGUAUUGUGCUUUUCACGAUCAGAAUGGCCACACAACGCAUGAUUGCUGGGAUCUCCAAGAUGCCAUUGAGAAGCACAUUAGAGAAGGAAAGCUGAAGCAAUACAUCAUCCGAACUCAGGGCAAGAAAAAUGGCAAGCAAAGGCAAAGAAACCGGAGCAGGAGCCAUAGCCCGAAGGGGGAGGAGAGGAAAGAUCAAGAACAAGACCGCCCUCCUAAGGGCAAGAAGGUCAAAGAUAAAGAGGAGGAGUUCCAAGAGGCUGAAUUUGAGUGCAAUGUGAUAAAUGGAGCCUUGGGUGGUGGAGGAGACACUGCAAAUUCUAGAAGAAAAUACCUAAAGGAGGUCAUGACCGUUAGAGACAGACCGACCUUCAAAGAAAGAGCCAAGAAUCCUGCUCCCCCGAGGCUGUUCUUUACUGAAGAGGACCUAGAAAUGGUCAUACCCGGACAUACUGAUGGUUUGGUAAUUACCGGGGUGCUAGUUAACUGGUGUGUUAAAAGGAUCUUCCUCGAUCACGGAAGCUCGCCCGACAUUCUCUUUUCGGAUGCUUUCCAGAAGAUAAACUUAGAUGAGCGAGAUCUGAAGCCGUGCAUCACCGAGCUGAUUGGCUUUAAUGGAGAACCAUCUCCCCCAAAGGGCAACAUAGACUUGAAGAAGACUUUGGGAACUAAGGAAGCAUUUCGAGCUGACAGAGUUCGAAUUGUAGUAGUAAUGAACCAUCCUCCUACAAUGUGA